GGGGCCAGGCGCGGCGCUGAGCGGCGGCGGCGGCGGCGGAGCGGGCAGCGAGCGCGGGGCCGCGCCGGGGGCCGGGGCCGGGGCCGGGGCGGGCGGCGGGGCCCGCCGGUCGGCCGGCGCCAUGGGCACGGUGCUGUCGCUGUCGCCGAGCUACCGGAAGGCCCCGCUGUUCGAGGAGGGGGCGGCCACGGUGGGGCACUACACGGCGGUGCAGAACAGCAAGAACGCCAAGGAGAAGGGCCUGAAGCGGCACUCGCUGAUCUCGGUGCUGCCCUGGAAGCGCAUCGCCGCCGUCUCCGCCAAGAAGAAGAGCUCCAAGAAGGUGCAGCCCAACGGCGGCUACCAGAGCAACGUCACCCACCUCAACAACGAGAACCUGAAGAAGUCGCUCUCCUGCGCCAACCUCGCCACCUUCGCCCCCCCGCCGGCCCCCGCCGCCGCCGCCCUCGCCUCGGCGCAGAAGGCGCCACCGGCCGCGCCCGCAGCCGCCGCCGCGACCCCGCGGAGGGUGGUGGUGCAGGCGUCCACCAGCGAGCUGCUGCGCUGCCUGGGCGAGUUCCUGUGCCGCCGCUGCUACCGGCUGAAGCACCUCUCGCCCACCGACCCGGUGCUCUGGCUGCGCUCCGUGGACCGCUCGCUGCUGCUGCAGGGCUGGCAGGACCAGGGCUUCAUCACGCCGGCCAACGUGGUCUUCCUCUACAUGCUGUGCCGGGAUGUCAUCUCGGCCGAGGUGGCCAGCGACCACGAACUGCAGGCAGUGCUGCUCACCUGCCUGUACCUCUCCUACUCCUACAUGGGCAACGAGAUCUCCUACCCGCUCAAGCCCUUCCUGGUGGAGAGCUGUAAGGAGGCCUUCUGGGACCGCUGCCUCUCCAUCAUCGACCUCAUGAGCCCCAAGAUGCUGCAGGUCAACGCCGACCCGCACUACUUCACCCAGGUCUUCGCCGACCUCAAGAAGGAAAGCGGCGCCGAGGAGAAGGGCCGGCUGCUCAUCGGCCUCGACCGGUGAGCGCCCGCCCGCCCCGCCGGGUACCGUGGCCGCUCCGGGCCCCGCACCGGGGACGCUCCCGGCCCCGCCUGGACUCGCUUCGUUCGCCCCGACCCGUCUCGGAGCCGCUUCCCGGGUUUUUUCUUUCCGGGCGGGGGGAGGCGGGAGCUGCGGCCCUGGGGAUGGGGGGGGCCGGAGCGCAGACCCCCCGCUGUCCCCCUUCUCCCCCCGCCCCGGGCAGCUGCUUCCCAUCCGUCUCCCCCUCCCCAUCCUGCGGGCCCGGGGAUGAUGCGGUUUCACCACCGGAUUCAUUUCAGCAAAUUGUGUGUUUGCGGGGGGGGGGGGAAAUCCCCCAAAUGAGCAUCAUCCCCCCCCACCCCUCCGACCUCCGCGGGCGGGGACGGCCCCGGGUUCGGUCACCGAGACAAAGGCCGGGGGGGGGAAGGAAAAUGGGGAAAACAUAUAGGCUAUAGGCUUCACCGGAGGCUGAACGGGCCCAUCGGGACUCACCGGGAACGGGACGGAGACGCGGGGACCCCCCUCCCGACCCCCAACCCCUCCCCUUAAUUUAUUUUCUUUGAAGAGACUCGAAUUUCCCGAGCGGGUUCUGGGCGAAGGGAGGAAACAAACAAACUGCUACUGUAUCAUGACAUCAAUGUGAAAUGUCUUGUUCCCAUCGUGCACUGAUCAUGAGUAUUGUGUAAAGGAUCUACUUGAGUGUGCAAGCAAGGAAAGAAUCUACAUGCUGCUAUAUGAAUACUUUUAGAACAAAAAAACAAACCACAAACUACUAACCUAUGGGGGGGGAAAGAGAUAAAACAACAAACCUUCUUUAUUCUUUCAUUGUUGCUUUUCCAGUGGUAUCGCGCAUGCAAACAGGAGCAUUUUGUGUCUUCAAAAAUAAAAGGAAAAAAACGUAAAAAAAAAGAAAAAUAACCAUAAUCAAAAGAAAAAACCUUAAGGAGUGAUGGCUGUAAAAACGCCGCCCAUGCACAAAGAGCUGCCGCCCCGGCCCCGCGGGCUGGGUCCCCAUGGGCCGGGGUCCCCAUGGGCCGGGGUCCCCAUUGGCCAUGGUCCCCAUUGGCCAUGGUCCCCAUGGGCCGUGGUCCCCGUGGGCUGGGUCCCCAUGGCCUGGGGCUCAUCAGGCUGUUUGGGUUGAUUGAGUUUUCUCCGUGUGCGCAGUUCUGGUUCAGUUCUGGUCCAUCGGGCGUCGAACCCGCGGCCGAGAGGGACAAAUAACGUGCCAUUUCUUUUUCUUUGGUAUUUUUCACGUGAAGCUCUUCGCCGCUGUACAGUGGACCCGCUACCGAUACAUGUGUACGUACCUUUUUUUAGUGCAAUCUCUUCCGUAGCUCUUUGUUGACCAAAUUGGUGGGUAUUGUUACUUCUUAAUUUAUAUGCGUCUCAUUUUUGUAUGUAUGUGUAUAGUGCGUUUGUAAGUAUGUGUGGUUUAUAACCCGGCCGGCUGUGUCAUGGGGCUCAGUGUGCCUGUAAUUUAAUCCCCCUCCCCUUAUUUUUAUUUAUUUUUGUACUGUGCUGAUGAAAUAAAAAUGCACUGACCAUCCAUUA